GUAAUGAGUCAGAGCUCGUCAGAGAAGAGGAACCCAAUGAUUCCCAUAUGUCCAGUGGUCUCCUUCACCUAUGUGCCCAGCCGGCUAGGUGAAGAUGCCAAAAUGGCUACCGGCAACUACUUUGGAUUUACCCACGGUGCUGCUGCGCAGUACAGUCAGCAGCCGGCCGCUGGGGUAGCCUACACCCACCCCACUACAGUGGCCAGCUACACUGUACACCAAGCACCAGUGGCGGCUCACACAGUGGCCGCGGCCUUUGCCCCCACAGCUGCCACAGUUGCCGUAGCCAGGCCCGCCCCCGUCGCCGUGGCUGCAGCUGCUACCGCUGCUGCUUAUGGCGGGUACCAGCCUACUCACGCUGCCACCGACUACGGGUAUGCCCAACGCCAGCCGGAAGUGCCCCCACCUCCUCCACCGGUUACCUCCCAGAACUAUCAGGAUUCCUAUUCUUACGUUCGGUCAUCAGCCCCGGCUGUAGCUUAUGACAGUAAACAAUACUAUCAGCAGCCCACAGCUACGGCAGCAGUAGCUGCAGCAGCUGCCCAACCACAGCCCAGCGUUGCGGAGUCCUACUAUCAAACAGCGCCCAAGACUGGAUACAGCCAGGGCGCCACCCCGUACACACAGACCCAACAGACGCGUCAGGUUACAGCUAUUAAACCAGCCACUCCGAGCCCGGCCACCUCCACCUUCUCCAUCUACCCAGUGUCCUCGGCUGUGCAGCCGGUGGCUGCGGCCGCAGCAGCUGCAGCCUCUGUGGUCCCAUCGUACUCCCAGAGUCCCACCUACAGCACCAAUGCUGUCACAUAUUCCGGCACAUCCUAUUCAGGGUAUGAGGCUGCGGUGUACUCUGCUGCGUCUUCAUACUACCAGCAACAGCAACAGCAGCAAAAGCAGGCUGUUGCAGCCGCCGCAGCCACUGCAGCCUGGACUGGCAGCACGUUCACCAAGAAAACCCCCUUCCAGAACAAAACUCUGAAACCCAAACAGCCUCCAAAACCACCGCAAAUACACUACUGUGAUGUCUGCAAAAUUAGCUGUGCCGGACCACAGACUUACAAAGAGCAUCUGGAGGGUCAGAAGCACAAGAAGAAGGAGGCAGCGCUGAAGGUUUCUCAGAGCAGCAGCAGCAGUAGCGGAGGCAGCAGCUCUGCCCGAGGCACGCAAAACCAACUGCGCUGUGAACUCUGUGACGUCGCCUGCACUGGGGCGGAUGCCUACGCUGCGCACAUCCGCGGAGCUAAACACCAGAAGGUUGUAAAACUACACACCAAGCUGGGGAAGCCCAUCCCAUCAACAGAGCCCAGUGUAGUGACACAAGCAUCCGCAUCCACCACGGCAGCCGCUAAUAAGACAGCCAGUGCAUCCCUCAACAGUUCCACCAGCAGCACUGCAUCUGCUCUGCCUGCCUCCUCCACCAUCUCCAGCUCCUCCUAUCUGAAACCCGUCGGGUUGGUCAACAGCACCAUGACCUCAGCCGCGCAGGGUAAGAGCCCUGCCCCCAAUGUUUCUGCCACCACAGCUGCUGUCAAAAAGGUCAACACACCCAAGAUCAACUUUGUGGGUGGAAACAAGUUGCAGACCACUGGUGUUAAGAUGGAUGACUCAAAGAUUGAGGCAGCUAAACCUGCCCAGUCCUCAUUGGUCACACCGUUGCAGGAGGUUAAAAAUGAUGCCCCUGAUUCACUGUCCCCACAGUCGGCUCUGGCAGCCUUGCAGAGUGACGUCCAGCCUGUCGGACAUGACUAUGUUGAAGAGGUUCGGAAUGAUGAAGGAAAAGUCAUCCGGUUCCACUGCAAACUGUGCGAAUGUAGUUUUAAUGAUCCCAAUGCAAAGGAAAUGCAUUUAAAGGGAAGGAGACAUCGUCUGCAGUAUAAGAAAAAGGUGAACCCUGACCUCCAGGUGGAAGUGAAGCCUAGCAUCAGAGCCCGAAAGAUCCAAGAGGAGAAGAUGAGGAAGCAGAUGCAGAAAGAGGAGUACUGGAGACGAAGGGAAGAAGAGGAGCGCUGGAGAAUGGAGAUGAGGCGCUAUGAGGAGGACAUGUACUGGCGACGAAUGGAGGAAGAGCAGCACCAUUGGGACGACAGGCGCAGGAUGCCCGAUGGUGGAUAUCCACAGGGCCCACCUGGACCCCCCGGUCUCCUUGGGGUGAGGCCUGGAAUGCCCAUGCCACAGCCGCAAGGACCUGUGCCCCCACGUCGCCCUGAUUCUUCCGAUGAUCGUUAUGUGAUGACCAAACAUGCAGCUAUUUACCCCUCUGAAGACGAGCUCCAGGCCAUCCAGAAGAUCGUGUCCAUCACCGAGCGCGCCCUCAAGCUUGUGUCUGACAUCAUCACCGACCAAGACAAGGGCAAAGAAGAGGAAAAGGAGAAAAAAGAGCCUCCCAAGGACAGAGCGUUGAAGGGCGUGAUGAGGGUUGGCGUCCUGGCCAAAGGUCUGCUUCUGCGUGGAGACAAGAAUGUCAACCUCGUUCUUCUGUGCUCCGAGAAGCCCAGCAAGAGUCUGCUGUCGCGCAUUGUAGAACAUCUCCCUAAACAGCUCACGCUGGUGACACCAGAGAAGUAUGAGGUGAAAGGCUCAGUCCAAGAAGCUGCCAUCAUCCUGACUUCCUGUGCUGAGCCCAAGAUGCAGGUGACCAUCACGCUGACCUCGCCAGUCAUCCGAGAGGAGAAUCCCCGGGACGGAGAUGUAACCUCGGGUAUGGUGAAAGACCCAGCGGACGUCUUGGACAGGCAAAAAUGCCUUGACGCUCUGGCUGCCCUACGCCACGCUAAGUGGUUCCAGGCUAGAGCCAAUGGACUCCAGUCUUGCGUGAUUGUUAUUCGUAUCCUGCGUGACCUUUGUCAGCGAGUACCCACCUGGUCUGCUUUUCCAAGCUGGGCCAUGGAGCUGCUUGUGGAGAAGGCAAUCAGCAGUGCCUCUGGACCAAUGAGCCCUGGUGAUGCAUUGCGACGAGUCUUUGAAUGUAUUGCCUCUGGCAUUCUGCUCCCUGGUGGUCCAGGAUUGAUAGACCCAUGUGAGAAAAAUCCCACAGACACACUGGCUGCUAUGGAAGAGCAGCAGAGAGAAGAUAUAACGUCAAGUGCUCAGUUUGCCUUGAGGCUGCUGGCAUUCCGUCAAAUUCACAAGGUCCUGGGCAUGGACCCCUUGCCUCAGCUGAACCCACGCUUCAACAUGCGGAACAAUCGCAAGAGGCGGCGCGACAACAGCGACGGCACGGAUGGCUUCGAGGGCGAGGGGAAAAAGGACAAGAAGGAUUACGACGGCUUCUAAACUUCCGCAAACUCCGCAGACUCGCCGUUGGCCAUUUCAAUAUUCUGUGUAUUCCAGUGGUGCAAAAUUCAAUUCCUGUAGGUCUCUGUGCAUGCCAGUAACUUCUCCAGAAAUCUUUCAGUGGCUUGUAAAAAGCCAUUCGCUGAGCGUCACUUUGGCUCUCAGCUUGUCUACUCGUGCCCUUAAAGGACCUACGAAGGCAGCUUGGGAAAUGCUUAGCUGCAUUUCCAUGACAUACCGUGAUUUGCUAAAGCGUUUAGCACACGCAACAUUAUGCUGACACAGAGAGAAGGAGCUGGUGAUCAAAUGUGCUCCAGUCAUUCAUGGUUUUUAAAGCUGGUAUAUAGCUUUCAGACUUUGCGCGUGCUGAUUGAAUUAGCAAAUCUUAGGAUGUUUGUACCCUCUGGAAACACUAGCCUGCUAGUCUAGUGGCUGCUUACUUUCCCAUAAGAAGAAAUGGACCUAAAAGCGCACAUGUUAAAGCUAAAGUAAAUAAGUCAGAAAUAAUGAAGGUCCUGCUGCAUUUGAAAUGAAACUACGUUAAAUCUCAAUCUGAUUUUUUAAAAAUCUUUCUUUCCCUAGUCUGCUAGCGUAGCAUGCGCUAAGCUGCUCAUUUUGUUUUAGAGCCAAGUUUGGCAACGUAUUGAGCUAAAAUAUAACUGUGCCGGUUAGGAACAGACUCUGACAUGGCCACUGUUUUAAAUUGCUAUGUAAAAACUUACGACGAGGACUUUAAGCUUUGCAAUGUAAUGUGCUCUAGGUUUUUUUUUUUUCCUUUUUCCUUUUUCCUCUUCUUUUGUAAUCAUUUGUUUUGAAUGGAGACAUUCCUCAUAACCACAAAACCUAAGCUAAAAUGUGACCCAGUUGUACGUUUGUCGUGUUGUGAUGAAUGUGACAACGUUGACUGAACAUUUGAAGCCUACAAGCAUGUGUUCCGUAGUGCUAAUACAUCCUGGGGGAUCGGCUGUUUGCUUUUAGCCGUUCGUAAAGCACAUCCUUGGCUAAUCAGCAACCACAAUCAGAAGAAAAACGUAUCCCUAACCUUCUCUUUAUAUGAGUAACGCAAGGUUGUGCGACGCUGAGCUUGUUCAAAGGCUAGACUCCAAGUGUGUUUUCUAAUUUUCACAGGCUUGUGUUGCAUUUCUAAAGACACUGAUCCCUGAGAGUAGACUUGGGUCAUAUUACUUAUGAGCUGCACCUUCUCAGAGUUCUGAAGUUGUCAUUCUGUAGUCGGCUUUAUGCCCAUAUUAGGAACUGAGGGUCUAAGCCGAUUUUCUCUAUGAGAAAAAUGAAUGCUGCUAUCGCACCCUGUGGUAAAAUGACCCAAAAAUGUUCCAAACCUGAUGCGUUUUGUCAUAGGGAACUCUUUCUUCUAAUCGCUGGAUGAUGAGGUCGUUAAGGAGCUAAAAUGCUAGUGUUGUUAUAUAGAAGCUAAUAUUGCUGCACACUGAAUUGAAUGGCAACCUCACAAGAAAACCCCAUGCAAACCAGCAAGCUUUAGGAGGUGGGUGAGGUGGGUGUACACAAGACAAAAUAUCAGGUUUGGAACAUUUUAGUUCACCACAGGGAAAUUUUCAAAAAGACACUUCAUUUCUCUCAUAGAGAAAAUCUGCCUAGACCCAGAGGUCCUUAUAUGGGCAUGACACACAGUUUCAAAGGUCUGUUCUUUUCAUAUGUUGAACCUAACUAUCAGAAUAGGUCAAAGCAUUGCGAUGAAGACCACAGCAGUUUGCAUAAGACCAUGAUCUUCUGCAUUUUUUUUUAAUUAGAUUUGCAAAGGAAGUGAUUCACCCUGAAGGCACUGUUGGUUUCUAAACAGAGAGCAGUGUAGUUGUGGUUGACCCAAGUCUGCCUGAGCUUUUGUGUUCAUAGUGUUGUAAUCCCUGAAUCCCUAAAUGUAUCUGUGUAUAUAUACAUAUAUGAUCAUAUGUAGCUACGUGUAGGCUAUGUGUGAUCUCUAAUAUAUGACCAUUAAAAAGCCAAUAUCUAAUCCUGCAAUAGGUCUUCAAAAAAAAAAGUUUGUAUAAUUUUAUGAAAGCAUGGCAGUGUUUAAGUUCUGUUAUUGUUUUAUAGAUUUUUGUUCCAUCAGUUUAUAGAUGAGCAUCUGCUUGCCGUUCUCCUUGGUUUAACAAUCCCUAGUUUGUUGAAAAUCUAUUGAAGAAAAAAAAAACAUUGGAGGAAAGUGUUAUGUCGGUGUUGUAAUUGCGGAUGUAGAUCUAUCCUUUCAGUCGCCUGUCAUUCGCUGUCACGGUACUACUGCAUAACAAUGGACAUAAUAAAGACCUUUACAGAA